UUUUUUAACUCGGAGUUGAUUUUCACACCAGGGUAACUGAUUUACAUCGAGAAUCCGGUUCGGUUCAAUUGUUGGAUUUGGACGGGAGACUCAAAACCGGAUUUCUAAACCUGAUUCCAUCCACUCAUAUAAAUUCUCGAAAACCCUUAACUCCUUCAAAACCUCACCGCCACAAUCACUUAGCUUCUCAAACAAGAAGAAGAAGAAAAUGGCCUGCACCGUAGAUUUACGGUGCCUCGACGAAGGAUUCGGCGGUAAAACCUUCAAACGUAAGUGCGAAUCUCAAGAGCAAGCCUCCGCCGAAGCCUCCAUGGACAUCGAUUCGAUCCAACCUCCUUCGGCGAAACGCAGCGCCGUCGCUUCCUCGGAAGAUCCAGACAAGCCUGUAUCCGUCGUCGCGAUCGAGAGACCGAGUUACGACGGCGUGAUCUCCGGGAAAGUCUCCGGACGGCCGUGGAAGCUGCCGCGAGCUCACAGAGCGUCGGGGAGGUUCGUGAGGAACAAGGGGCCGGAUCUGGAGGAGAUGAAGAGGGGGAGGGAGAUCAAGCGAGCGUAUAGGGAGAGGAUGAGUGAGCUCAAGGAGGAGAUUAGGAGUAAUAAGGUGGAGAAGAGGAAGAAGAAGGAGGAGAGGGAGAAGAGGAAGCAGGAGAAUGUUUUGAGGACGGGGACCAAGUUGCAGAAGAUUACGAACCCUAAGACGUUGAAGAAGAUUGCAAAGUCUAAGCAGAGGAAGCAUCUUAAAGUUAUUCCUGAUGAGAUGAUGAGUGGGAACAAGUAGAGUGUCAAGACUUGACUGUUUUUUUUUGUAUUUUGUAUUUUUUCGUGACGUUUAGUCAAAUGUUCUUACUUAGUGAGAUUUUGCUUCUACAGGAAACAAACUGUCUUUGUUAUACAAUGAGGUUUAUAGUA